AUGACAGAUGGUAACACAUACUCCAAGAUCGUCAUCCGAUACUGUGCCAAAUGUAAGUGGCAAAACCGUGCCAUAUGGUAUUUAACUGAGAUAUUACAAACCUUCCCUGAGAUAAUCAAUGAUAUAAGCAUUCAACCAAUAUUUGAUAAACCAGGUAUAUUUGAAAUCAUAUUAAUAAAAGAUAUCAAUGAACCAUCAAGAAUCAUAUAUAAGCGAAAGUUCAAGAACCCAGCAUUGAGUAGGAAAUACGCUGAAGAGUUUGGAGAGAGCGGAGAUCAAGAUGAAGAUUAUUAUUUUGAUGGAUUUCCUGAUUCAAAAUUUUUAAAAUUGAUUAUUAAAGACGUAUUGGAUGAAGGUAAAGAUGAUAAUGAUGAUAAAGUUGGAGUUAAAUUGGGUAAUCAUCUUACUCGUGGAGGGAAACAAGAUCCUUUGAAUUUUCUAACUACUGAAAAGAAACCCAUCAGUGCUCCAACUACUGUCGAUAGCAAUAUAGAUUGUCAAGAUUGUAAAAUUGAACAAUAA